AUGUUUGUCCCCGUCGAACCAGCACGUAUCCGCGAAGAUACCGUCACCACUCCACCUCGAGUGUCUCUUGGAACGAGUCCCUCGGCCGCAGGGCCAGGACGAUCUACAAUGGCUACAACUCCAAGACGUGUGUCGCUUUGCCUCGAGACCCCUUCGCCCCCGCCAAAUGCUCCUCUUCCACCCAAUUCACCAAGACGAUCGAGUAUUGCGUCUCUGAACUUUGGUCCCCCUCCAACACCACCUCCAAACCGCCCACUGCCACCUCUCCCCACCAGUACCCCGAGAAAGCGGCCGUACAAAUCGAUCAAGAGGACUCAAUGGCACAAUUCGUCGAAGGUAUCGCCGACUCCCAGCUCCCAGAGACGCCUACUAGGGCGUAUUCUCAACGGCAUCCACGCUCCCGAACAUACGCCAAUCAAAUGAAGCGCCUCUCGGCUCCUGCUGCUCCCGUCGACCCGAUUACCUUGCGUACGCCUACCUAUAUCGCGCAGCGCAACCGCCAUACGAAUAUGUUUGAUAUCCUCCAAGAUCUGGAUGUUCCACAACCAUUGGAUAACAUCCAUGAGGAGGAGGGUGCGAGGGAUGGAGUCGUUUUGCCUGGUCCUGUCGCUCUGGGAGAUUUCGCGGUUCCUGCUACCGAAGCCCUCGCUAGCGGGGACAGAUUCAACGUGAUGGGGUUCGGUUAG